CCGCUGAUAUAUGUGCAAUUAUUGUAAUAAUUUACCAUGCCUUUAACUUAUAUUGUAUGUUACACACGCGUUAUAGUGAAAUGUACAUAUAUUUUUCCUUUAUUCCUCCGGCAUUUGAAUUUCAUUGGACGACGCUCGGUCACGUGUCGACAGGUAAAUUGUUCGGUGUCGAUGCUCAAACAUAACAUAGGUGAAUGGCUGCUACCUGUUCGUAAAACUCGUAUUUAAAAUCAUGAAUCCGUCCAUCAUUCUUACAGUUUCUAUUUUAUUCUUCUUCUUAUUAACAAUACCCGAUUAUGGUAAUGCCAUUAAAUGUUGGGUAUGCCGUUCAGAUACAGAUCCACGCUGUGCAGAUCCAUUUGACAAUACUUCUGUUCCCAUUAAUGACUGUGAUAUUGCCACUUUAGAUCAUUUGCCAGGACUCAAAGCUACAAUGUGUCGAAAAAUGAGGCAAAAAGUGAAUGGUCAUUGGAGGUUUUAUAGAUCUUGUGCCUUUUUGGGAACACCCGGAGAAGGGACGGGAGACGAAAAUUAUUGUCUUAUGCGAACUGGUACAUAUAAUAUAUUUGUAGAGUAUUGCACAUGUAACAGUAAAAAUGGUUGUAACACUUCACCUAAAUCUGUAUCCAUAUCAAUUGGAAUGAUUAUUUCAUCAUUAAUUUUAGUCAUGUUUAUUUCUAACAUAUUAAAAUGAUGUAUUUAGCAAUUAACUACAUUGCCAUCAUCAGAUUGGAAAUACAUGUUAUCACAUUAUCCAUUAUCUCAUUGUCAGUCAAACCAUACUUGCAUUUAAAUGAGUUGCCGAAGCAUUCCAGUAACACCAUACAAAACUAACUUUAUUAUCAUUAUUUAAUAAUAAUAAUAAUAAUAAUUUCAUUUAUAUUUGGAAAUAAAACUUAAUUAAUUAAGUUAUUCUAAUUAAAUUUUUAACAUACUUUGUAUUUUUAUAC